AUGGUUCAACUAUUUAAAACAACUUCCACCAUACUCUGGGGUCUACCAUUCAGUCUAAUUCAACAGAAAGUAGAAAGUCUCUUUGGUCAUGUAGAGAAUGCCUGGUUUACAGCAUGGUUUAAUACUACAAAAUUUAGAAACCCAACUGGAACUAAUAAGAUGUCCUCAUCUCAUUCGAAGACUACACAAAACCUAAUUGGAGCUCCACACCCAGAACAACUAGAAGGUAUGUUAGAUCUAGAAGAGAAAAACAUAAAUUGGGACUCUUUCAAAAGAAAUUUCAAAAAGAUUGUCAAAAAGCUAGAUACACCAAUAAUCCCACAUGGAUGGAUGCAACAAGACGAACUGAGAGAUACUGCAGAGGCAAAUUGGAAAGUUUUCUGGAAAAAUUUGGCUAAAGAACGAAAAAGUCCAUUGGGAUCUUUACCAACAUAUCACCUACUUGUAUUGGGAUACUAUUCACACUAUCCAUUAUACCGCAAUUCAAGAAAUACUCCAUGCAAAUUCUGUGAGGUACCAGCAAAAGAUUCAUUGAAACCUCAUGUAUUCGAAAACGAAGAAACACAACAGUAUCGGGAUGAUCAACAUAUAGGAACAAAUCCGGGAAUGAAGUUUAUCAUAGGAAAUCCAAGAUUAUCAAAAUCAAUAACUAUCUUGAAAAGGUACCUUAUUUAG